UUAUCUGGCAAUUACGCAGCGUCAAAAUGGUGAACAUGGCGGAAGGGAAGGUUGAAAUAACUGAGGGAUGUCAUGUCCCAGUAUUAUUACCCAACGGCGAUGGGUGGCAUUCUGCUGAGGUUCUUAGUAUCAAAGAUAAUGGAAGACCCCUUUACUACAUACAUUAUGAAGAUUAUAAUAAACGCCUGGAUGAAUGGGUUCCGUUGGAACGUAUGGAUUUGUCUAAACUUGAACAACCUAAAAAAGAUGUUAAAACACCUGUUAAGAAAACAGACACUGCUGUUGUGACUACUUCACGAUUAGUCAAUGGGGGCUCCAGGCCUGAAAGUCCAGAAAGAGAAAUAUAUGAAAAUGGUACUAUGCAAAGUUUGGGGCUAAGUAAUUCAGGUGCAAUGAAAGUACACAUUGGUGCUGGAGGAGGAGUGUUUGCAAACAGAAAAAGAAAACUGGAUGAAGAUACUGAUUCACAAGACGUUCCAACAGCACCUAGACAAACUGGCAGUAUGGUUGCACAUCAUGAUGAUAUCAUAACACGAAUGAAGAACAUAAAUCUUAUUGAAUUUGGUAGAUGGCGAAUUAAGCCAUGGUACUUUUCUCCCUAUCCACAGGAACUGACAUCUUUACCUAUUUUAUACAUUUGUGAAUACUGUCUAAAAUACCUCAAAAGUGCUAAAUGCUUAGAGCGGCAUCUAGCAAAAUGUUUGUAUAAACAUCCUCCAGGGAAUGAAAUCUAUAGAAAAGACAAGCUAUCUGUGUUUGAAAUAGAUGGGAGAAAGAAUAAGCAAUAUGCACAGCAUCUUUGCCUUUUAGCAAAAUUGUUCCUUGACCACAAGACUUUAUAUUUUGAUACAGACCCAUUUCUUUUUUACUGCAUGUGUGAACAAGAUUUAAGAGGCUACCAUUUAGUUGGGUUUUUUUCUAAGGAAAAAGAAUCAGCUGAAGACUUUAAUGUGGCCUGUAUUUUAACACUACCUCCUUAUCAACGAAAAGGAUAUGGCAAACUAUUAAUUGAAUUUAGUUAUGAAUUAUCAAAAGUAGAAGGAAAAACCGGUUCACCUGAAAAACCCUUGUCAGAUUUAGGACUUCUGUCAUAUCGUAGCUACUGGUCACAAACAAUAUUAGAAAUUUUGCUCAACAUGAAACCAAAUGAAUCUGGAGAGAGACCUUGUAUCACAAUAAAUGAAAUAUCAGAGUUAACAAGCAUAAAAAAAGAUGAUGUCAUAUCUACUCUGCAACAUUUGAAUCUCAUAAACUAUUAUAAAGGACAGUAUAUAAUAACCCUCUCCGAAGAACAAAUUCAGACACAAGAAAGAGCAAUGGCAAAAAGGCCAAUAAGAAUAGACCCAAAAUGUCUUCAUUGGCAGCCUAAAGAUUGGAGUAAACGGGGGAAAUGGUAGAAGCAGCUUUGGAAUUUAAACCAUGAAUAUUUUUAGAAUAAAUUCAGCAGACAAGGAAGGUAGUUCAGGAUAUGUCAUUCUUACAUCAAAUUAUGGAAUCUCAUGAAUCAAAAUACUGUUUGAGUAAUAAGUAGUAAAUUAUAAUUAAGCGUUGCUUUUUUAAAAUGAUAGGAUGUGUAAUCAUAGCAUCUAUGUGAGGUUAGAACAAAUGGCAGCUUUGUAAAUAGUAUGUGUUUCUGUGAAAAUGCUACAACUAAGGAUAGCCACAUAAAAUUAAAUAUAUAAAAAAAUAGAAUCUUGUACUUUUUCAAAAAGAUGUGGGUUGGGGGAGGAGGUUAGUGCAAUAAAGGUAAUUCCCAUUGUUCAUGAUUUUAAAACAUUGAAAUGAUCUGGGAAUUUAAUUAUUUCUCUAAUAGACAUGUUAGUAUUAAAGUGUAGGCUAUAUCAGCCCUUUUGUAAAAAAAAAAUUAAAUUGCUGAUAAAAUGUGUGAAUAUGAGAAUGUGUACGAGUUACAACUAGAAAAAUGUAAAAAGAAUUUGUAAAUAUAAAUGUCAUUGUCUUGUCCCUCAAUAAAUGAUUUUCAUAUUG